AUGCACGCCAAUUUGCUCAUUCGCACUUGUUUAGGUAUUCAGAUUGGCCCUCAAUCUGAUCAGGUUAUCAAAGUAGAAGCCUCCUUCAGAAUAACAAUGGCUUCCAUCUUUGAAUUCAAUGGUCCGGAGCGAACGUCUGUGUACAUGCGAUUUCAAGAUUCUACCUUCUUGCUGUGUUCCUUGAUUCCAGAAAAAAUUGAGCAGCAAGUCGUUGAUAUUACAUGUCUUCAAGGAGAAGAAAUCACAUUUCGAGUAGACGGCCCAAAUGUCAUACAUCUCCUAGGAAACUACGUUUCGCAGGAUGGCAUUGACGAUCAGAAAGACGACGAAAUUGGAUUUCUCGAAUUGAAUGGGUCAGAUGUAGAUAAACCUGCUGAUAGCAUCUUGGAGGAGACAUUGCCAUCCAUCACUUUUCCUGUUGAAAGAAAAGGACUCGGCUUUGAUGAAUCAGACGAAUUUGGAAGCACUUCAGAAUCACAAGCAGAGUCAGAAUCAGAGUCGGACGUGGCAUCAGAAUCAGAACCAGAUUCAGAGGCGAUGCCCUACUAUAAUAUUGCUCGACUAGGCUCCUAUGCAGACAGAUUGACUCCAACAGCCUCAUCGACCAGCCAUGACAUGGAAGAUCAUGCAUCACCGCCAUUGGACAAAGAGGGGGCCGGUAGAUAUGUCUUGAUUAAUGGUAAUGCCAGUGCUCAUAGUGCUACAGAGGAAUCAGAACCAUUUGAUCAGCAAUCAGAUAUAUCAGAUGCUGUCGCAGAUCAUCCAUCUCUAUUAGAUUCGCAGCAGCAUGUCACCGAAACAGAGGAACAAGACAAUGUGGAUAUGGAUAGCCAAACUAAACAAGUGGCUGAAGAUAGCGUACCAAGAUCAGAAGAGGAACCAGAACAAGGUCCAGAUCAUGAAUCCGAGCAAACGUCUGAGCAGCUAUCAGAUUACGAGCCAGAGCUGGAAGCAGAACAAGUGUCAGAGUACGAACAAGAUCAGGUGUCUGAGUAUGAACCAGAAGAACCACAACAAGCACCACAACAAGCACCACAGCAGGAACCACAGCAGGAACAAGAGCAUGAAUCAAAUAUCGAACUAGAGCAUGUAUCAAACCAUGUUCCAGAGCAAGUGCCAAAGCCUGAAGUAACAUUUGAGUCUGUGAUAAAGCCUACAUCUCUGUCUUCUCCUGAGCUCACACAGCAACUUCCACUAGAGCCCGCAAUGAAGCUUACGCCAAAGCCAGACCAAAGCACUCAAGUCGACAGCACUGCUUCGAUGAACGAUAAACAGCAAAGCCUCAAGAAAAAGUCUAAUUCGAUCCCUGUCAAUACACCAUCACCGAUCAAAAAGAAAGCCGACAAAGCAGCCAAAAAACAAACAAAGAAGUUAGCAGCGGCUUUGGCAAAGCAACAAGGAUCUAAAGCCGACAGCAAUAUGGAAGCAACGAAGCAGAAAAAGGCUCAACAAAGCAAAGAGAAGAACAAAAUAAAGGCUAAAAAGAUCAGCAAAAAGAAGCAGGCGCUUGCUAGUAAGAGUCAAACCAAUGCUCAGAAAAAAUCUACUGAAAACUCUUCACAAGACAUUCGAAGCCUUGUGCUAGGCGCCUUUGCAAGCAUGACCGCUGCUAUACAGUCUGUCGCCACCGUAGAGCCAAAGCCGACUCCUGUGUCAAAAACCCAUAAAAUCAAGGCUGCAGAUGCCGAUCAAGACCUCAUCCCUGAAGUUGUCGCUAGUAGUGCACUGAAACCAAAUGGUAAGCUACGCAAAUCAAAAGCUCCCACUACUCUUGCAGUCUCCCAGGAGGAUCAGACUACAGGCUUGGGCGCCAAUGACCUGGGCACAAUACCAUCAACCCAACCAACGAAGAAAAAGAAGUCAGCACAGAAGCCCAAUGUCGCUCAAAAUGAUGCCUCUACUGCUGCGCCUGUAUCGAUUGGUAUCCCCACUGGAUCUCCAGUUGCGGUCAGUGUGCCUGGAUCAGCAAGAUCUUCUUUAACGCCAAACAAUGAAUCACCCCGAGCAAGAUAUCCAAGAAGAGCUGUUGACAUUGAUUCAAUGCAGAAAUUGGCAUUGUUUGCACAAGAAGAUGCCAAAAGUGCUGACAGCCUAAGAAAAGAACGCAAGAAGAAGAGGUUUCAAAGAGCAGAUGAAGCUGUAGCAAAGAAGGCUCGCCUAUCCAUUGAAUAA